CCCGGCCGGGCCUGCGCUCCGCCAACGCCGGGCCAUGCCACGCCGGGGACACGGGCGGCCGCCGCGGGUAGCGAUGCGCGGGGGUAGGACGGACUGACGGACAGACUGACGGACGGAGCCGGCGCGACGUCGAGGGAGAGAGAACGAGAAGAGAGAGAGAGGAGAGGAGCGGCGGAGCGUGUCCCCGGCCCCGCGUGUCCCCGUCCCCGCGCCAGGACGCGCAGGGCGAUGUCGCCGCGGCAGCAGCCACAGCCCGUCUGACCGCCACCGCCUCUCCAUGUCCCGGCUCGUUAUUUAUUAUUAUUAUUAUUGUUGUUGUUGUUGUUAUAUUUUUUCUUCCUUUGAUUUCUCAUUGGGAAAAGCACUUUGACUCCUGACUGCUCUACCUCAGACCUUAGAAAAACUCAUCACGCUCGCUUUUUUGGCGGUUUUAUUUUUAAUUUUUUUAAUUUUUAUUUUUCUGAGGGCCGAUCUUUAUAGCCGUUACUGUUUUAUUGUUACUAUUAUUAUUACUAUUAUUAUUAUUAUUAUCCGUGUGGUUGGCGGCGGCCGGGAUCCUGCGGCUGUGUCGAAGCGCUGGGCAGUGAGGGGCUCUCCUGUGUACCCCUUCUAGGACACUCGAACGAAGAUUUUUUUCUUCUGCCUCCCUUUCUUUUUAUCCUUCUUCACUUCUCCAAGGCUUUUAAAAGAUACAUACACAAAAUCAAGAAAAAAAAAAGAAAAAACAAACAAAACAAAAACCAAACCUUCGCCGGUGUUGUCGUCUUUCUAAAAAAAAAAGAAUUGUUGUUUUUAUUUAUUUUUUUCCUUGAUACCUGGGAAACCGCUGCCCCCCUCAGAACUAACCAAAGACAAUGGUUCACUGUGCAGGCUGCAAAAGGCCGAUCUUGGACCGGUUUUUGUUGAAUGUACUGGACAGGGCUUGGCAUGUGAAGUGUGUUCAGUGCUGUGAAUGUAAAUGCAAUUUGACAGAGAAAUGCUUUUCGCGAGAAGGCAAGCUUUACUGCAAAAACGACUUCUUUCGGUGUUUCGGGACCAAGUGCGCGGGCUGUGCCCAGGGCAUCUCCCCCAGCGACCUGGUCCGCAGGGCGCGGAGCAAAGUGUUCCACUUGAACUGUUUUACGUGUAUGAUGUGUAACAAGCAACUCUCCACCGGCGAGGAGCUCUACAUCAUAGACGAGAACAAGUUUGUCUGCAAAGAAGAUUACCUAAAUAACAGCAAUACUGCCAAAGAAAACAGCCUGCAUUCAGCCACCACCGGCAGUGACCCCAGCCUGUCCCCCGACUCUCAAGACCCCUCCCAGGACGACGCCAAGGACUCGGAAAGCGCCAACGUGUCUGACAAGGAGACGGGGAGCAACGAAAACGACGACCAGAACCUGGGGGCCAAGCGGCGGGGACCCCGCACCACCAUCAAAGCCAAACAGCUAGAGACUCUGAAAGCCGCCUUCGCGGCCACCCCAAAACCCACCCGGCACAUCAGGGAGCAGCUGGCACAGGAGACCGGCCUCAACAUGCGGGUCAUCCAGGUGUGGUUCCAGAACCGGCGCUCCAAGGAGCGGCGGAUGAAGCAGCUGAGCGCGCUGGGCGCCCGGCGACACGCGUUCUUCCGCAGCCCGCGCAGGAUGCGGCCGCUCGUGGACCGGCUGGAGCCCGGCGAGCUCAUCCCCAACGGGCCCUUCUCCUUCUACGGAGAUUAUCAGAGCGAGUAUUACGGCCCUGGAAGCAAUUACGAUUUCUUCCCGCAAGGACCGCCUUCGUCUCAAGCGCAGACCCCCGUGGAUCUCCCGUUCGUGCCCUCCUCGGGGCCGUCAGGGACCCCGCUGGGGGCCAUGGACCACCCCCUGCCCGGACACCACCCCUCGAGUGAGGCUCAGCGCUUCACCGACAUCAUGUCGCACCCCCCGGGGGACUCGCCCAGCCCCGAACCCAACCUGCCCGGGUCCUUGCACUCCAUGUCCGCAGAAGUUUUUGGCCCCAGCCCCCCAUUUUCGUCGAUAUCCGUCAACGGUGGUGCUAACUACGGCAAUCACUUGUCCCACCCUCCAGAGAUGAACGAAGCAGCUGUCUGGUAGCUUUAAACAAACUGGGUCUAAGUAAGUGAUGAUCAUCUAGUCUGCUUAUUGUUAUGGUGUACAGAAAUGAAUUCAUAUAACAUCUCUCCCGCCCUAAGACAAUUUUACCUUGGGAACGAACUGAAUGCGAUCGCUCCAAGGCAAGCUUUGCUCUAGACCAGGACAAUCUCCAUGUUAUGGUUGUAUCAAACAAGCAAGGGGACUUUUUUGUACCAUUGACAAAGAAACUGGGGAAGCUGUACAGUAAAAGUGCUGCCAUUCCGUAGGAUGGCUAAGUUUGAUUACCCUGUUGGAUGUCAUCCUAAGAGCCACAAUCCUUAGAAACUUCUCGUU